CCCGACUCCCGCUGUAGAAAUAAUAAAAGUAUCCGACGCUAUCAUGCGAAUGUCUGCCGUCGGUCAAGAAGAAAAUUAGUUUCAUAAAAUUCAUCGAUUGAUUCGUGUUUUUCGUUUUAUUUUUUUGCCUAACAGUUGUUAAAUGUCAGGCGGCUCAGCAGUAGGGGCACCAAUUCCCGGUCGCCGGAGUACCGUUCGCGUUGUGGUUGUCGGUGAUCGUGGUACCGGUAAAUCAAGCUUAAUCGCGGCAGCUGCCUCCGAGAAUUUUCCGGAAAGCGUUUCACCUGUUCUUCCUCCUACUCGUCUUCCUGCGGAUUACUAUCCGGAUGGCGUUCCUGUCACCAUCAUCGACACCGCCUCCAGUUUGGAAGGGAAAGCGAAGCUAGAGGAAGAAUUGAAGCGAGCUGAUGCCGUGGUGUUAACAUAUGCUUGUGAUAAACCUGAAACACUCAAUCGCCUUCAGAAUUUCUGGAUUCCUGAAGUUCGUCGCCUGAAGGUGAAGGUACCGGUGAUUGUGGUUGGUUGCAAGCUAGACUUGCGAGAUGAACACUACCCCAUGAGUCUAGAGCAGGUGAUGGCUCCAAUAAUGCAGCAAUUUAGGGAGAUUGAAACUUGUAUAGAGUGUUCUGCAGCCAACCUUGUCCAGGUACCUGAGGUGUUUUACUAUGCUCAAAAAGCAGUGCUUCAUCCAACUGCCCCAUUGUUUGAUCAAGAAUCUCAAACUUUAAAACCCCGAUGCAUACGAGCAUUGAAAAGGAUAUUUAUUCUUUGUGAUCACGAUAUGGACAGUGCCCUAAAUGAUAAUGAGUUGAACGAAUUUCAGGUGAAGUGUUUCAAUGCUCCUCUACAACCUGCUGAAAUAGUAGGUGUUAAAAGAGUUGUGCAGGAGAAGGUACCUGAAGGAGUCAAUGACUAUGGGCUUACACUAACAGGCUUUCUUUUUCUUCAUGCUUUAUUUAUUGAAAAAGGUCGCCUUGAGACUACAUGGACUGUCUUGCGUAAAUUUGGUUACAAUGAUGACAUUGAACUUCGGAAAGAGAAUCUUCCUGUUCCCUCUAGAAAAGCUCCCGACCAGAGUAUUGAGUUGACUAGUGAAGCUGUGGACUUCCUGAUGGGGAUUUUCAGUUUGUUUGAUUCAAACAAUGAUGGAGCUCUACAAGAAUCUGAGGUUGAUGAGCUGUUUUCAACUGCACCAGAAAGCCCUUGGGAUGAAGCUCCUUACAAGUAUAGUUUAGAGAGAACCGAGUUAGGGGACAUACGACUUUCAGGGUUUCUCUCUCAGUGGGCCCUAAUGACAAACCUCGAUCCAGCUAAAAGUUUAGCCUAUCUGAUAUAUCUAGGUUACACUAAUGACCCUGCAACAGCACUCCGUGUUACUAGAAAAAGAACAUUAGAUGUUAAAAAACAACAAUCCGAUAGACAUGUUUUCCAGUGCUAUGUAUUUGGACCCAAAAAUGCUGGAAAGUCUGCAUUGUUAAGUUCAUUUAUCGGAAGGCCUUUCCAAAACUCAUAUGCUUUAGAUAACAAUAAUUGUUAUACAGUCAAUGCUGUUGACCAGCUUCGGGGAACUAAGAAGACUCUUAUAUUGCGUGAAAUUCAAGAAGAUGAUGUCAAAGAGUUUCUAUCUAGCAAGGAGUCCUUGGCUGCUUGUGAUAUAGCAGUUUUUAUUUAUGACGGUUCGGAUGAAUAUUCGUUAAAAAGAGCAUCAGAACUGCUUAUGGAUGUGGCGAGGCGAGGUGAAGAUACUGGUUACGGCGUGCCUUGUUUCUUUGUUGCGGGAAAAGAUGACUUGGAUUCUUACCCCAUGGCAAUCAGGGAUUCCGAAGCGAUCUGUCAGGAAUUGAAAAUAGAUCCACCCAUUCAUAUCAGCGUAAAAGAGAGAGACAUGAACAACAUUUUUUGGAGAAUUGUAAACGCAGCCGAACGCUGUUACUUAAGUGUCCCCGAAACCGAAUACGGAAGAAACAAGAAGCAGUACCGCCGCCUCGUUAAUCGCUCUCUCAUGUUUGCUUCUGUUGGAGCUGCUGCGGCUGUAAUUGCAUUGGCAGCAUACCGAGCGUAUGCUUCGAGGAAGAGUCAUUCCAGCAGUUAGGUUAAAAACAUACGGAUGUUUUAAAAAUAAGCACAAAGGUUGCUACAUAUCUUUACCCGACCUAUUUUAAAAAUAGAAAAAAGUUUGAAAUUUCCAUCAA